GCGAGUUUCUCAGUGAGCUGGUUCCGUGAGUGACCUUGAUCCCCUCGCGUGUUCUGUGACAGUCCUGUUCGCAGAGUAGCCGAACUCCGUCAGUAGUAUUCGAGUCAUCGUCGCAGAAACUUUGUCGAGCGGCUUUUUCGACGAGCGCAGAUUAACAGAGACCAGAAUGAAGAUCCUUGUUGGCGUUCUAUUCGCGGCGUGCUUCGUCGCGUGUGUACACAGCUUCCCCGGUUCACGUGACUCAGACAGCGACGAAAGUGACAAUGCACGCACCUUGCUCGUACUACCGCCGGAGUCGAAGGAUCGUUUCAUCAGACCAAUACCUUUUGAUCUUUCUGACAUGAGCCUCGAAGACAGCCUGGAGGCUCCAUCCUGGGGCUGGCCUAAUAUGUUCAGAUCGAAUCCCUUCGGUGGAUGGUACUCCCGCAUGCACGAAUACAUAACGUCGCUGAGGGAACGGGUAUCUGACAUUUUGUCACGUAUUCCCGAGGACGGUGUCGUGUCCUGGGGCAAGAUUCCUGAAGGAGCGAACACCACCUCCACCACCAAGAUCAUCGAUGGACACGUAGUGACUGUAAACGAGACAACCUUCAGAGAUGGUGACGACGAAAACGGGAUAGUGAUCCGCGUCCGUGUUAUCGACGUGAAACCCCAAAACGAGACGAUUCUUUUGACCGAGAGCACGGCAGAUGGGGAAGUGACCACCUUGCCCACCGUUACCUCUAGAAUACCGGUAGAGACCGGAACAGCAUCCAGCGAAGUAGAUCGCACCACGCAAUCACGAAGCGUGGAAACAGUCGAAGAUAUCGACAACGAAAUUCCGAAGAACCAAGUGGACACCCUGACUGCUUGAAGCGGCCGCCGAGCUACCUAACCAAGAUUGGUCACAAAAUUGAAUCCGAAAAAAUGUCUUUAAACGAAUGUUGAAAAUUGAUUGCCAGAUUAUAUCGACACUUUACGAUAAUUGUCGUGUCGUUAUAAUAUACUAUGUAUCAAAGUAGCCCGUAAGAUCUUGUAACAUCUUUCAGACACUUCCCAGAUGACACAUUACGCCUUGAAGACAUUCAUUUUACCGCUAUUUUAGGUCUAAGCCACCUUUAAGCCGUCUUCAAGGCGUCACUAGGCGUCAUGUGCUAUUUGGGUUGUUUCACGUGAACCAUUUAUUUUUUGUUCGACCCUUAAUUUUAGACGAUUGAUCUCGGAGAUGAAUAAUCCGACAAUGAUUACGUUGGAAUACUUUUAAUAAUCAACUGAACGUUACUUUUUCGUUAUCGGUGCGAAAAUAGUGUGCUACUUACUGUCAAUUCAAGGUACUCUUCCACUCAUAAUUGUUAGGACAUUUAUCGAAUAUGCCAGUUAAUGUUAGAAAGCAUUACCUAAUUGCUGAAAGUCUAACAUAAAUAUUGGUUAGAGGUUAUUAAAGCUGAAUGGAAAGUAUAUAAUUUUUUCGAAACAUUACAUUUUCUACACACGGACCAUGUGUUCUAAUACUUGCGAGAGGUAGUGUACUCAAACGCUGGAGCGUCUAAAAUUCUCCGCUAGAGUUCGAUAGUGAAA